ACGCCCAGAAUCCUUCUCAAGAACAGAACUGCACAAAAAUACACUAAAACCACAGAAUUAAAGGGGCAUUCAGUAAUUUCUCCCCAUUCAAAUGCCGAAUCGAAUAGUAAGACAAACACAAAGAGGAGAAAAUACUGUAGCAGGCAGAGCAAAUUCACUGUUCACGAAGCACAAAAUAUUGGAAGAAAGUCCUAAAUACUAAUUUGGGGGUGGGAGUUUAUAUGAGGGGAUCUGACUGUCUUCAGAAAAGUUUAGGUGAUAUUUUUUCAUCUUACCUUCAUGUUUAUGCAUAUUUAUGUAGUGUUUAAAAGUGCAGUGCUGCUUUGUUUACAGCGGUAACCAAGGAAAUACUACAGAGAGUCUGUCAGAGAGUCACAAUCAGUCCAUCUGCGGUUUUUGUUUCAGGCAGAUAUAUUUUAUGUAGCAUAAUUUCGCAAAGCUAAAGUCAGACCAUUCUAAUUUUGAAAUUAUACUAAUCUAAAUUACAUCAAAAACUGCUCAUGCUACAUGUAACAUGUUUGUUUGGAUUGUGAUUAAAAUACAGUGGUUCUGCAACUGUUUCAGGCAUUCUCAUUCACGCAAAGGCACAGUCAGUGAAAAACGGUGAUAAACCAUGAAACCGCUAGAAUCCUAAAAAUUAAUAAAAAUAAAAAUCAUCCAGAACUACAGAGUACCUUUAAAUAACCUCUAAAUUGAAGAAACAAAUGUAUAUGCUAAUGUAUUCAUAUUUAAAUUUCAUCACAGAUGUUUGUCAUUUCUGCUAUAGAUCCUUUUCACAUUUCUAAGUUUGGAAAGCAGAAGUAAACUAGACUUCUAUAGAGCGAAUAUUAUUUUUGCAUUAUAAUGCACUCAAACUGCAAAAUAAAAAAAUAAAAAAAUACAAUUAAAAAAAUUUUAAAAAAGGAAAAUCAUUUCUGCAUUACUGAUAGAUAGAUAGAUAGAUAGAUAGAUAGAUAGUUCAUGCAGUUACACUUUUUUUUUUUUGCUAAAUUUAUGUUAAUUUCUGUGUAAAUUCUCCAGCACAGUCUGUGAAGAUAGCCUCGUGGGCAGCGCGUCGAUAUUGUCACAGCUCACGGGGAGCACGGGACCCAGGAACGAGGAGAUGAGGAAUUCACAACACGGGAGUUUAAUAUACAAAUAGGAACACAGAUCACAGGCAGGGUAGACACUUAAAGACCGACAAACACAAACUGAAAGGACUGGGGGUUUUAAAGACAGGACAAUCAAGGAACUAAGGAGACACACCUGGAAUCAAAUUAACACAAUCAGACUGGGAAGAAACUGGGUCACAGGGAACACAUGGGGAGCAAAAACACAACAAAACAGUCCAGGGGCGUGACAUUACUUCCCCCUUCCGGAAGGUGCGUCCUCGCACCGUGGAACAAUAGAGGGGGGGAAACGGGUGGGAACAAAGGUGGAGGCUCAGGAGGAGGACGGACCACCGGGAGGGGGCCGGCUGACAGAGACCAGGGAGGUGACGAAGGAGGGAGGAGCCAGGGAGGAGACAGGAGGGACCCGGAGCAGGAGGAGCCUGGCAGGACCCAGGCCACAGCCAUGAUGAUGGCCCACGGUGUAGCCGACGGAGGGAGGAGCCAUGGAGGAGGCAUGGCCGCCGACUCCAGGGGGCCGACCAACGGCGGCGGAGCAGGUGGUGGAGGAGCCCGAGGCGGAGAUGGAGAUGGAGAGCCGACGAGCCAGGGGGAUGCCGAGGAUCCGGGGGGCCAAGGUGGAGCCGAGUGCUCUGGCGACCGAGGCGGAGCCAGAGCGAUUGAGGACCAAGGUGGAGCUGGCGGGAGGAAGGAGCCCAACUGAGCCGGUGGGACGGAGCAACGAGGUGGAGCCGGAGGGACGAGGGAGCCCGGUGGAGCUGGAGGAUCGACGGGUGACGGUGGAGGCGAGGGAGCUAGGAGCCGAG